AUGUCAUCCACAUCCUCGAUCCCCAAGAUCAUCCUCAUCCUGGGCGCCGGCCCCAACGUCGGCGCCGCCGUGGCCAAAGCCUUUUCCGCAAGAGGGUUCAAGGUGGCCAGCGCGUCGCGCUCGCCGCCCAAAUAUACCGCCAGCAGCGACGAUGGUGCUGCGGUCCUGCAUAUCCCCGUCGAUCUGGCCAGGCCGGAGACGGUGCCGGGCGUGUUUGAGAGGGUGAGGAGGGAGUUGGGGGGGGAGCCGGGGGUGGUGGUUUAUAAUGCGGCCCUAUUCGCCCCGGACCCGGCGGACCCGCUAUCCCUCUUCACGCCAGAGUCCAUCCAGACGUACCACGACUCUCAAGCCGUCAACGCCACCUCGGUGCUCGUCUCGCUGCACGAGACCGUCAAGGCGUUCCGCAACCUCCCCGCCACCAGCGGCGACGGGGGCGGCCUCCCGUCCAAGACGUUCAUCUUCACGGGCAACAUGUUGAACGUCAUGACGCUGAAGGGCAUGUUGAAUUUCGGACUGGGCAAGACCGCGCCCGCGUACGCGAUCCGGCAUCUCGUCGAGCAGAAGAUUUACGCGCAUGACGGCGUCACGUUCUACUACGCCGACGAACGCACCCCGGAGGGCAUGCCCGUGGCCAACGCCAUCUCCGGCGAGGCCGCCGCGGUCGAGUACGUCAAACUGGCCGAGCGGACGGACCAAGGGCCCUGGCUGUACACGUUCGUCAAGGACGCCGGGUACAAGGACUUUGAGAGGCCGGGACGUUUGUGA